GUUCCGGCAGAGUUCGGCUGCUAACGGUUGGUGUGUUCAAAUCUUCGGCUGCUCCUCCUGAAGAAAGAGCCGAACCGGACAGCGCGAGAGCGGGAUGACGGUGCUGCAGGAACCGGUCCAGGCUGCAGUGUGGCAGGCUCUGAACCACUACGCCUACCUGGAUGCUGUUUUCCUCGCUGAGAGACUCUAUGCUGAAGUGAGGUCAGAGGAGGCUCUCUACCUGUUGGCCACAUGUUAUUAUCGAUCAGGGAAGCCUUACAAGGCGUACCGGCUGCUGAAGGCUCACAGCUGCUCCACACCACAGGUUCGAUUCCUGUUGGCCAAGUGCUGCGUCGAACUCAGCAAGCUCGCUGAAGGAGAACAGGUUCUGAUUGGUGGAGUGCUGAACAAACAGAAGAGUCAGGAUGACAUCAUCACAGAGUUUGGAGACUCCGCCUCCUUCACGUUGUCGUUACUGGGACACAUUUACUGUAAGACAGACCGUGUCACUAAAGGUGCGGAGUGUUUCCAGAGAAGUUUAAAUCUCAACCCGUUCCUCUGGUCGCCUUUUCAAAACCUCUGUCACCUAGGAGAGAAACCAGAUCCAGAUCAGGUGUUCAGGUUGUCCUCUCUUCAGAACUCCUCGUUAGCCCCGCCCCCUCCUCCUGUAAGCCCCGCCCAGAACUCGUCACACCGCCUCGACACCGCCCUGAUGGAGACGCCGCAGGACACACUGGAGUUAAAUCGUUUGAAUCUAGAAUCAUCAAAUGGAAAGCUGACUUCUGAUUUGUCGGUUUCCUACAUCGACUCCUCCCUCAUCUCCUCGGAGACUGGCUCCCUAUUGGUCAGUUCGGUUUCCAUGGCGUCGGCCGGCUCCUUAUUGGCUAAACAGAACAAACCUAAGAGUGGGAGGAGCUUAUUGGGAGGACCUGCUGCACUUAGUCCGUUAACGCCCAGUUUUGGCAUCCUGCCCCUGGAGCCCAGCCCUGGAGACCCCACAUAUCUACAGAACUAUUCAGCUACCAUGGAAACGCAAUCUACUGCUCCCAGCAAGAAGUCUGUCUCCAGGAUCAGUCAGUCAAAGUCUGUCUUCAGUCAGAGUGGAAACAGCAGAGAUGUUCUCCCCAUCCCCUUCAACCAAUCACAGAGCUCCGCCCCUCACACCAGUGGCUCCCCUCAGGUCCUCAGCCCCAGCAUGUCUGGUCCUCCGAACGUUCAGCCCAGAAGAAGCUCCAGACUGUUUACUAGCGCCAGCUCUACUGCCAAGGAGAACAGUAAGAAGUUGAAGAUGAAGUUUCCGACUAAGAUCCCGAACAGGAAGACUAAAUGUAAAUCAGCGAAGACGUCGAACAGCAGCAACCUGAACGAGAGUCUGGACAUCCUGAGACUGGACCCGGGUCUGAGUCUGCCCGACACCAAGAUGCCCCAGUACCAGAGAGCUGCUGCAGACAGCGUGAUGGCGUUGCUACGGGAACUAGGACGAGGUUACCAGGCGCUGUGUUCGUAUAACUGCAGAGAAGCCAUCAACAUCCUGACCUCACUUCCUCCCCAGCACUACAACACCGGCUGGGUGCUCACUCACAUCGGCAGGGCCUACUUCGAACUGGCCGAGUACUCACAGGCGGAGCGGCUGUUCAGUGAGGUUCGGAGGAUCGAGUCGUACAGAGUGGAGGGGAUGGAGAUUUACUCCACCACACUGUGGCACCUGCAGAAAGAUGUCGCCCUGUCCGCCCUGUCCAAAGACCUGACUGACAUGGACAAGAACUGUCCUGAGGCCUGGUGUGUAGCAGGAAACUGUUUCAGCCUGCAGAGGGAGCAUGACAUCGCUAUCAAGUUCUUCCAGAGAGCCAUCCAGGUGGACCCGGGUUUUGCGUAUGCGUACACUCUGCUGGGUCACGAGUUUGUUCUGACGGAGGAGUUGGACCGAGCGCUCGCCUGCUUCCGUAACGCCAUCAGAGUCAACAACAGACACUACAACGCAUGGUACGGUAACCAUGGUAACCAAUGCACUGUACACAACAGACACUACAACGCAUGGUACGGUAACCAUGGUAACCAAUGCACUGUACACAACAGACACUACAAUGCAUGGUACGGUCUGGGGAUGAUUUACUACAAACAGGAGAAGUUCAACUUAGCAGAAAUCCACUUCAAGAAAGCUCUGAGCAUCAACCCUCAGAGCUCUGUGCUGCUCUGUCACAUCGGAGUGGUGCAGCAUGCGUUGAAGAAGUCAGAUGCAGCUUUAGAGACUCUGAACAGAGCGAUCGGGAUCGACCCUAAAAAUCCGCUCUGCAAGUUCCACCGAGCCUCCAUCCUGUUCGCCAACGACAAAUACAAGGCGGCUCUUCAGGAGUUGGAGGAGUUGAAGCAGAUUGUUCCCAAAGAGUCUCUGGUUUACUUCCUCAUAGGAAAGGUGUAUAAGAAGCUGGGGCAGACUCACCUGGCUCUGAUGAACUUCAGCUGGGCCAUGGACCUGGAUCCUAAAGGAGCCAACAACCAGAUCAAAGAAGCCAUCGAUAAGCGAUACCUGCCUGAGGAUGAAGCCGUGGACGUGGACAGUCAGGACAGCAGUAUUAUGACCGACGCCGACGACACGCAGCUCCACACGGCCGAGAGCGACGAUGUUCUUUAACCUGCCAAUCAUCUGACCCCGCCCCUGGAGGAGUACUGUUGCUAGGCAACAUUUUGACAGACAGAUCUUUGGUUGAGCUCCGCCCCCAGCCUUCCUCCCUUUUAUCUGAUUGGCUGAAACAGACUGCUGCUGUCCUAAGGCCCGCCCCCUGUCCUCCUCUUCCUCGUAUGUCAUCGAGCUCGUCCUGUGACAUCACAGCUUGUCCUGUGACAUCACAGCUCGUCCUCUGACAUCAUCACAGCUGUUUUUUAUGUUCUUUUUAUCAUCGUUAUGGAAUAAAUCAAUAAAAACAUGUAAAC